AUGGCUAAUUUGUAUCUUCAUAUUGACAGUUACAGGCCAAAUUUUCUGAGUUGGUUUGGAAAGGAAAGGGGCAAUUUUUUAGUGGCAAUCGGAGCAGACGGUGCUCCUUUUGGUAAAUCGAAUGGAGCAUGUGCUUGGCUGGUUUCAUUUAUAAAUGUUACAGAAAGAGUGUCAAGCCCUUAUGACAAUUUCCUAAUUUGUGGUGUUAAUUGUGCUGAAGACCACCCAUCAAUGUUAGAGUAUGGCAAACUUGUAAGAUCACAAAUCAGUGUUUUGGAAAAGCAAACAUUUACCACAAAAGGCCAACAGGUAAAAUUUUCCUUUAAACUGGUGCCCUCAGAUAUGAAAUGGCUGAGUAAAUUUUCAGGUGAAAUUAGCAAUGCAGCUACGUACCCAAACCCCUUUGCCAAUGUGGAUCAGAAAGGUUUGUCAGAGAGAGGUUGUACUCUGGGUACUGGUCCAGCAGAUAAAUGGAAACCGUGGGCCUAUGAUUUUAGAAUGCAGGUUGCUAAAAAAGUUUCACAGUUUAAGGAAAAACAAUCAAAACCAACCAAUGCAUCUCAAAUGCAAACUUUCCGCAACAAGGUGUGCCAAUUCAUAGCUAAACUUAAAUCCAGACAAGAGUAUGAACCAAUACUUGGUCCUCUUGUCCAAAAUGCAAAGGCUGACAGUCUCCAUGUUGGCAACAACUGCUGGGGACAUUGGUUCAAGAAGGUUUUUACCACCGUUCUAGCAAAUGCAAAAGUGGGCUCAAAUGUGAGGUCAGUUUUCCAGCUUCCAGAACACAACCCUUUGCGCAAACAUUUAAAGACCUUAAGGUUUAAAUUGAAGUGCAAAAAGCUGUACAACAAGAUUUGUCGUUGGUUUAAGAAAAAGCGAAAAUCUGGUGAUUUUGAAUUUAGGUUUACUGGUGAGGAGACCAAAAAAUUUUGCCAUGGAUUCAUGUUUAUCAUUGAAGAUCUCAUUGGUGAUGGCUCAGAUAUAGAGCAACCACACAACUUCUUUGCCUUGUCAAUGGCAAGAAUGGGCCUUCAUUUAAGAAAUGCCUUGUCUCUUGCCGUCAGAGUCUCAGAUAUUAAGAAAGAAGAUUUGCCUAAAUUAGAAGGGGAUUGCAGGAUGUAUUUCAAUUGA